CCACGUCAGCAGGCCACGCCAGCAGGACACGGCAGCAGUGCCGCGUCAGCAACCAGUCACCGCAGCAGCAGGUCACGUCAGUGCAUGGUGCUCACCUGCUCAAAGACAAGUGGCAUGGAUCAGCGGCCAGGCGAGACUACCGAGGCCUAUGAGACCCGCAUGCUGGACAUGGUAGCAGAGUUCAAGCAACGGGCAGCUGCGGCAACAUCCGCACGUAAGAAGGAAGAUCAGGAAGCAGAGGAACAGCGUCGCCUCGCUGAACAGCAGCGACAGGAGGACGCUGAGGCAGCAAGGAAGGCCGCAGACGAACGUCGUCGACUACGCCGAGACAAAAUCCUCGAACGUGAGGGGAACAUCGAGGUGAUCGCCGGCGAAUGGGCAGUGGAUGUUGAAGAGGAGGGUGCCCCCCCUGCUCACAACAAGAGGACAUCCUCUAUGGUGGACACCCUGAAGCACGUUCGACUUAUCGACGAACUGCCUGCUUGGGUACGCUGGCUGGAACAGCAGCCAACAACAGCCACCCCCGCCGGACCCUCCAACUUGACGGACCACAUCAACGUCUUGGAAAUCGACGCCGAGACUCUCAAGGACGGCGCUCUAGCGACAAAUCAGCGGAUUGACCAGCAGAUUUGUGCCACCGCAGCCAGUCCGACCGCGACUACUCGUGAGAGCAUCCCAAAGUUUGACGGUCUGCCGAUCUUCUGCGAUGCAACGAAGACAGACCCGAUCCCAUGGUGGCGCCAGUUCGAGUUGAAGUUGGACAUUCACCACGUCAUCAACCCGAACCGGCACGCAUACUUAUACUCCCGCUCAGGGGCCGUGUGCAUGGCAUGGCUGGACAACAUGUUGUCCAUGCACAACGUCGCAGUCUCCGAGCUGCAUACGAAGAUCAGCUGGGCUGAUCUCAAGGCAGCAUGGCAUAAGCGGUUCCAAGUGGAGCCGCCCGAGCUUCAGGCAGCCGAGAAACUUCAACGGUUCUAUCAGAACGACCUUCCAAGCACGGACUGUAUAACCGAGUACCAACGCUUGGCAUCCACGCCCAACUUGCCGUCGACCUUCGUCGCCAUCAAACACUUCUUCAUCAGAAGGAGUUGUCCGGCGUUGCAGAACGCCUUGACGCAAGUUGCGGAGACGCUCACCACAAGUGAGCAGCUUUUCGAUAAAGCCUCGCAGAUCAUCGUGACGAACACCGAAGCCAAGAAUUUGGGCCCUUCGUCCGCUGCGAGCCAAGGCAAAGAUCAGCAUCGGCCGAAAGUGGUCGUGGUCGCAGCAACUACAGCGACCGAUCCUUCAAACGAGGCUGCCUCCUCUGAUGAAGGAGACAGAUUGGCAGCCACCCGGGAUGGUGGCCGCCCCGCCAGAGGGCGAGGACGCGGCAACUCGAAGACAAACACCAACUCAUCCCCCGGGGCCGGACCAGCAGCUCAAGAGCCUUGGACACAUUACGCCCAUCUCCAUACAUACUUAGCCUUCUAUGCACCCCCACCUUCGCCGACGGAUGACGAAGCUGCGGUGGGGGACAUCCUUGCGUAUGUUAGUAAGGUGGCCCGCGAGUUUCGCACGCAGCGGUACGAUGAUACCAACGCACCGCUCCUUUAUGUCCGCAUCCAAGUUGGGCAAGCGUCCUGCACCGCUUUGCUGGAUCACGGCGCGACUCGCAAUUUCAUCAGCCAGUCCUUCAUCCAAAGGGCUCGCCUUGGCGCACAAGUUCGAAGGAAGCCAAACCCGACGGCGAUCAAGUUGGCAGAUGGUUGGACGCAACAACUCUUCGAUCGCUACAUUGAAGCUAUGUCGGUUUAUUUCGCACCUCAUGCACGCAAACCGGUGACGUUUGACGUCUUGGACACGGACUUCGGCAUCAUUUUGGGAAUGCCUUGGCUUGCAAGUGCGUAUCACACGGUUAACUUCCAUCGGCGGACACUUACUGUUCGUGACGCCUUCGGCGCCGGGGUGCCGUGUACCAUUCCUCUUCCGCACCCCUCGAUCCGAUGCCAAGUUGUAACAACCAAGUCUUUUCGGGCCACUUGCGCUUACGAGCGGACCGACGAGAUAGGCCUAUGUUUUCUACGAGCCGCCGCGACGAUCGAAUCUUCACCGACGGACUUGUCUUCGGACCCCCGAGUGGUGCGGCUGCUCGACGAGUUUACCGACAUUUUCGAGUCUCCUACUGGUGUGGUGCCGGAUCGACCGAUCUCCCACGAGAUCAUUCUUGAGGCCGGUGCCGUGCCGCCAAAAGGAUGCAUCUAUCGCAUAAGCGAGAAAGAGCUCGCGGUUCUCCGCGCACAACUCGAUGAUUUGUUGCACAAGGGCUGGAUCCGCCCUAGUAGCUCACCAUACGGUGCGCCAGUUCUCUUCGUACGGAAGAAGAACAAGGAUCUUCACUUGUUCAUUGACUACCACAAGCUCAACGCACAAACCAUCAAGAAUGUGGGACCUCUUCCGCGGAUUGACGACCUUCUCGAGAGUUUGGGCGGCACAAAAUUCUUCUCAAAGUUGGACUUGAAGUUGGGCUAUCACCAAAUCUCAAUACCCCCGCAAGAUUGCUACAAAUCCACGUUCAAGACACGGUAUGGGCAUUUUGAGUGGAUCGUUAUGCCUUUUGGCCUCACCAAUGCCCCGACGACUUUUCAAACGGCAAUGACCAACGGGCUCCGUGCGAUGUUGGACCAGUUCGUACUAGUCUACUUAGACGACAUUCUCGUCUAUAGUCGGACAUUGGAGGAUCAUCUUGAGCACCUGCAACAAGUGUCCGAGACGCUCCGCCGCGCUAAGUACAAAGUCAACCGCGACAAGUGCGAAUUUGUCAGGCAAGAGCUGGAAUACUUGGGCCAUUUUGUCACACCGGAGGGCAUCAGUCCGUUGUUGGACAAGAUUCAAGCCAUCCAAGAGUGGCCGGGGCCGAUGAACAUCACAAAUGUUCGUUCCUUCCUUGGCUUAGACGGCUACUAUCAAUGCUUCAUCAAACGAUACUCGAAGAUCGCGGCUCCUUUAUCCAAGCUUCAAUGCGAGGACCGACCAUUCGACUUCGACGAUAAUGCGCCGACUUCCUUUUUGGCUCUCAAAGCCGCAUUGCUAUCCGCAGAGGUGUUGCGCAUCGACGACCCGCUUCUACCAACACGUGUCACUACCGAUGCGUCCGGUUAUGACAUUGGUGCCGUCCUCAAGCAACAUGAUGGCGUGGAUUGGCACCCGAUCGAGUACUUUAGCAAGAAAGUGCCCGUCGUGCACUCGAUCGACGACGCAUGGAAGAAGGAAUUAUUGGCCUUCGUACACGCAAGCGCUGGCGGCAUUUUUUUCUCGGUCGACGACAGUUCCGAUGGGUAACAGAUAACAAUCCAUUGGUCUUCUACAAGACCCAAGACACGGUCAAUAGCACCAUUGCCCGUU